AUGUUGUACAGCUCAGUUCCGUUCUUAAAAAUAUUUACAGCUCAAAUUUAUUUUCAGCAAGUGGCAACACCAACAGUCGUGAAGAAGAUACUACGGCUGAAACAAGAGAACCCCGGCAUGUUCGCUUGGGAGAUCAGAGAGAGGCUUCUCAGCGCAAGAGUAUGCGAGCCUCACUCCAUUCCUUCAGUUUCCUCCGUGAAUAGAAUUCUGAGGAACAGCGGGUUAGCGUGGAGUGAUGAAGAACCAAGGAGUGGACAUGAAUCAUAUCCCCAGCCGGAGCUGUCGCCUAACGUCGUGGAUUAUAUGUCCUUAAAAACAUCACUGGCCCCAGCACCAAUACCGCAUCAACAAGGAUCGCCAUAUUUCGCGCAUUCGACGGUUCGACUUCAUCAGCCACAACCCACUGACCCCUCCCAGAUCUAUGAUAGAAGACUGGCCACAUCUUGGCUCCUGGCAAAUCAAGUACAAGCACAAGGAUUGUUAAAACCGUAUCCAAUUUCUCCCUGGCAGAGAAUCAUGAUGCCGUAUCACACAGAUUCCAAAAACUUUACUCCUUACGCUCUCAGUCUUCAUAAUGAUCUUCUCAACAGAAUUAACCCUGAUGAAGUCAAAUCAGAAGGUUCAGAACAUAUUUCUGUUGAAGCUAGUGAUGAUAGCACUGACAGGCCAGAUGACGAACAAGAUCACAAAACUUCGAAAGAAAAAGAAAAAAAGAAAAACCCUUAUUCAAUCGAAGAACUUCUAAAAAAACCCGACAAAAUCGUCAAUCCUUAUCCAGUUGCAUUCCAGAAUAUACUUCGUCAGCCAAGUGGUAGUAUGGUAGAGUAUCACAGUGAAGAAAAAAAUUCGAGUAAUAGAAGUUCGCCAGUGAGUUAUUGCUCAGUGCAAAGUGGCGUCUCUAAUGAUUGUUUUAAUGAAACUGUCAGUUCGGAAAUAAAGGCGGGAAAUUAA